UAGGACAGGAAAACUGAAAAAAGACAAAUCUCAACCAAUCAGUCUUUUUCCUGUCUUCUCAGUCUGACAGGUGAUUUUCAACCUGUCAGCCAACUCCCUGGAAGCCCUGAACUCACAGCUCCUAUGGUAACGAGUCUCCUAAGGGAUCCCACCUCGCCUCCUGGCGAUUGGGGUGGAGCAUUGCUUACUUACCGUAAGGUAAGCACGCUCUGCACGUCCCUCUUCUGGUCCCUGGUAGCGUUUCUGGUUGCACUUCCUGGUUGCUCCUGGCGCCAUCUUUAUUUCUGGCACUAUUUUCCCUUAGUUUCCUAGUAACGAGUGAAAUCAUUGCAUAGCUCGUUUCUGAUUGGUAGUUUUGUUUAGGUCUCUAGGCGCCAUUUUUUGUACUUUCAAACGGAGCCUUUGCUUGCUCUUUUUUCUAUUGUUGAUUUCUUUGAAGACUUUUGCCUUUUUGGUGCCUGUGCUUGCUAGUUGUGAUCAUGAUGUUUGUGGAAGGUGCUGAUAUUCCUCAGUGUUUUUAAUGGAAAUGAAGACUAGUUUCAAAUUGUGAUAUCCCGGUAACCAAGAGUACACUGUACAUUACCUGCAUAUUAAUAGAGGCUGUCAGAGAGAAAUGUCACAGAAAGCUUUUACCCUUAACAAACCCAGAGCUAUCAACCGAACCUAUGUGGUGUCGGCAUGUAAAAAUAACGCAGCCAUGCAAAAGACAGAGUGUAAACUAACACUGCAAAGACGAGAGACCAUUAUCAAGCAGUCCCCCAAUGUUGAAAAGGACGUGGACAAGAAUAUCAGUCAACCGGAUGGAACUGAAAAGCGCUUAACUUUACAGAGAAGGAUUGGAACUGCAUCGAAUGCUAAGAACAGUUCAGAAGAUGGUGUGAAGCACUCUAUGGAAAGAAAAUUUGGCUUGCCAGCCACCACUGGAAGCGUUAUCGGCAAUGAAUUGUGCAGAGGCUACAAACUUGAAGCUAAAGUGAAAGGUUUUGAAGUUGCUGGUAGCAAUCCACCUCAGGCUAAAUCUUUAGUAAACAAUGGAAAACCUCUGGAUGUUGGUGGAUCUGAAGACGUCAGUAGAUUGCAACACAUAAAGGGAUUGACAGGAGCAAAGAAGAUUGAUAGAGUAAACUGUCCAAAAAAGGUGGGACAAGAUGUGAAGACUCCAGGGACACAAAAUGGAAGCUUGGAUCGACAGAGAACACCAAGGAGUGGUACUCCAGGGCUGGUCAGGUCAGCAUCAACACGGGAUAACAGACACCCUGUGGUAACACCCAAACGUCCAGGAUCUACUUUGUCUGGUGCUCAUAGGAAAGUGUUCAGUACUUUAGGUGAGACAAAAACAGAAGAUGCCACCCUUCCCUCUAAUUCUCUUUCUGUGAAGGAUGAGACAAACAGUUUUCCUCCCAGCUUACAGGAUGAUCCCCUAAAAGAGGAAAAUUGUGCAGUAACUGUGGCUGUCCGAACCCGACCUUUCAGUAAUAGGGAAAUAACUGAGAAAUCUGCUCAAGUUGUAUUUAUGAAUGGACAAGAGACAUCUGUACUCCACCCAGACUCCAAGCAGAACCACAACUUCCAUUAUGACUUCUCCUUUUGGUCUUUUGACAAGUCCCACCCUAGCUACGCUGAUCAAAAAAUGGUGUUUGAGAAACUGGCUGUGCCUUUGUUAGAAUGGUCUAUCCUGGGAUACAACACCUGUCUGUUUGCUUACGGCCAGACAGGGUCAGGAAAGUCCUACACCAUGAUGGGCUUUGAUGAAGAACCGGGGAUUAUCCCAAGAUUUUGCUCUGAUCUUUUUUCUCGCAUACAGAAAACGCUGAAGCAGAAGAUUUCCUUUCAUCUGGAGAUGAGCUACUUUGAAGUUUACAAUGAGAAGAUACACGACUUGCUGGUUUUUAAAGCAGACAAUGGGCAGAAAAAGCAGCCGCUCAGGGUCCGAGAACAUCCACUCCUAGGACCUUAUGUGGAAGAACUCUCAACAAAUGUAGUAUCUUCUUUUCAAGAUGUUCAGAGUUGGUUGGAGUUGGGGAAUAAGCAGAGAGCCACAGCUGCUACAGGAAUGAAUGACAAAAGCUCUCGAUCUCACUCUGUGUUCACUCUCAUCAUGACUCAAACCAAGACGGAGUAUGUGGAAGGAGAAGAACAUGACCAUCGAGUCACCAGUCGGAUUAAUCUAGUAGACCUCGCAGGAAGUGAGAGAUGUGCAACCGCGCAAACUAGUGGAGAGAGGCUCAAGGAGGGAGUGAGUAUAAAUAAAUCUCUCCUUACAUUGGGCAAAGUGAUAUCGGCUCUUUCUGAAAGCUCACAGGCACGGAAGAAAGUGUUUAUUCCAUACAGGGAAUCUGUCCUCACUUGGUUGCUGAAGGAUAGUCUUGGAGGAAACUCCAAAACUGCAAUGAUAGCCACAAUCAGUCCAGCUUUAAGUCAUAUUGAGGAGACCUUGAGCACUCUACGGUAUGCUAGACAAGCUCGCCUCAUCAUUAACAUCGCCAAGGUCAAUGAGGACGUGAAUGCCAAACUGAUUAGAGAACUGAAAUUGGAGAUUGAGAAACUGAAGGCAUCACAACUAUCUGCCAAAAACACCGAUUCUGAGAAAUACAGACAUUGUCAUCAGGAAAUAACAACUUUAAAGCUUAAACUGAGCCAGCAAGAGAAGGAGAUGUCCGAGUUGCAGAGGGCAUGGAAGGACAAACUUGAGCAAGCCGAACAGAGGAAGAAGACGGAGAUGAAGGAGCUCCAGAAAGCAGGGAUUACAUUCAAGAUGGAUAACAGACUGCCAAACCUUGUUAACCUCAAUGAAGACCCGCAGCUCUCAGAGAUGUUGCUUUACAUGAUAAAAGAAGGUCGGACGACGGUGGGCAAAUAUACUGCAGGAUCAAACCAUGACAUCCAGCUAUCUGGGGCUCUCAUAGCAGAAGAUCAUUGUGUGAUUACAAACAUAGGUAAUACUGUUAGUAUAGCACCUUCUGCAGAUGCCAAGACCUAUGUUAAUGGGAACCAGAUUUCAGAGACAACUGUUUUACAUCAUGGUGAUCGUGUGAUCCUAGGAGGGGAUCAUUACUUUCGAUUUAAUCAUCCUGUUGAGGUUCAGAGGUUAAGAACACCACUUCGAGCUUCUACUUUGCCUUCUGAAGGACCUAAAGACUAUGAAUUUGCCAAAAACGAGUUGCUCACAGCACAGCGAUCAAAACUGGAAGAAGAAAUUGAAGAAGCACGGCUAACGGCCAAAGAAGAAAUGAUGAGAGGAAUCCAGAUCGCAAAGGAGAUGGCCCAGCAAGAACUCAAUUCCCAGAAGACGGCAUAUGAAGACCGGAUCAAAGCACUAGAAGCUGAACUGAAAGAAGAGAGUCGACGGAAACAACUACAUGAAGUAAACACUCAGGAAGCAGCCAGUCGUAUCCAGGAGCUCGAAGUGGUGAAAAUGCAUCUUCAGCAGGAAGUCCAAAUGAACAAAAGACGGCUGGAAAUGGAGGCGCUUACUACUCGACAGGCACUUGAGGACCACAAGAUUCGCCAUGCUAAGAUCCUUGAAGCUCUGGAGGCUGAAAAACAAAAAAUUGCCAGUGAAGUGCAAACGCUUCUACAAGAAAAAAACAAUCGGGGGCGGAGUAUGGCUGGUAGUCCCACCUGGAAUUCAAUGAAGCUUUCAGUGAUGAUUCAGGAGGCAAACAAAAUCAGCAGCAAUCUUAAAAAAAAUACAACUUUUAGCAGGCAUGAUAUAACUGAUAAGGAAAAUGUAUCUGGAAAUCCAGUGCAGAUAAAGGUCAGGAACACCAAGCUGGGAAUUGUAACUUUUUGGAGUUUGGAGAAGUUUGAAGACAAAUUUGCUGCAAUGAAAGAAUUAGAUGAAAAUAGUGGAGGCACCAAGGAUGAUGAUUUGUUUUAUGAUCCUGGAGAUGAAUGGGAGCCUGACCUGUCAAACUCUACAGUAUCCAACUUCUCCAGACGAAGAAGCCUGAUGAAGAACAAGAGGAUUUCUGGGUGUCUAUAUGAAAUCAGAGUUCACCCUAUUCAAAGCUUACAGUCUGGCUAUAAAUCAGGGCUAAUGAACAAAUCCAGCAGUUUUUUAAGCAAAUCUAACAGUGUCUGCUCAAACACCCCAGACUCCCACCUGCCUGGGAUCUGUAAGGAUUUGAUCGGAUCUUCUUUGGAUUUCCUGGGACAAAGUCAUGCUGAUGAAAGCAACAUGGCAGACAGUCUGAUCCGUUGCGUAUGCACGAUAUGUGCCGGGGUCUGCGCUCUCUCUCAGGCUUCUGAGCAGCAGGAUGCAGACAGCUCAGACACAUCAUUUCUGGUUAAUCGUGAUGCCCAGACUCACAGUGUCCAGCUGGCAUCUGCCUUUCAGCAGCUGGUGGUCAUAUCCAAACAUUGGUUAGAUCAUUUUCCAGACAGCAAGAAAAAUGCGAAGCCUGCGGAUAACUUGGGAGUAUAUAUCCGGAAGCUCGGAGGUUACCUACAGCUACUUCUACAGGGAUGCUGCUCUGAUAUUUCAUCCAUGGUUACGGAAGCGAGAGACAAGGCAAGUCAAGCAGCAGAGCAAAUACUGCAGAACAUUGGACACCUAGCUGCACUGACGGAUACCGAAUUACACUUUUCAGAUGAUGAGUCUAAAAAGAAUCCCUGUCUCCAGAGAUCCUAUUGCCGUGUACUUUGCGAUGGUAUGCGAAUGGGGCUGGAAAACCUUAUUGAUGCUGGUAUGAAGACCAUGAACGACAUGCAAAUAGGCAUCCAGAGAUGCAGAUCUCACGAUGAGACUGAACUUAAGAAGAGUUCUCUUGCAUUAGCUGUCCUGCUACAAAACAGUCUAACACAUUUUAAGAAGCUGGACUUGGACAUGCUUCUGAGAGAUUUGGCGUUCUGUGUGCCAAGCAAUUUAUCACGAGAUCUACUGAACCUACAAGCUGGUUUGGAACGGUUAAGUCUCACCACAGUUUCUCUGUUAGAAGGCACAGUUGUUGACACCUCCCAGCUCAUCACAUCACUAGAAGACAUUGCAUCCUCUGCAUCUAAGAUCAAUAAGAACCUUCUACCCUUGUCUCCUCAAGCUAUUUCUCUCGCUGAGUUGAAAACUCUCUCCUCGUCUUUAGCACUUGCUGUUGCUGGGAACAAGGAGAACAGGCCUUGUUGUGAAGUGAGACAAGUUCAGAGUUUAAACAAGCUCAAUCAAAGUGCUUUUUCACCUACUGCUAUUCAGUGGGUGUAAAAUAAUAUGUAUUGUGUAUGUGAAAAUAAGUGAACAUUGACAUGGAGCCAUUCAGCAUAAGAAUGAAAGUGCAGCUCAGUACAAAUCGGUUCAAUCAAGAUGUCACUUUGUAAAAAUUGUAUGUGUGUUGUAUAUACAUGUAUAGGAAAAGACCUUUUUUGCCUUGACUGUAGAAUUUCAAAGAAAUUAUUUAUAGAAAAUCUCAUGUUUUAUUCCAACAUUCUUCUAUCAGCCAAGCAAAAUAUGAUAAACAUAAGUUGGCUACUAGAUCUUGUUCUUUAGAACCUAUUAAGACCACAUCUCAGCUUAAAUGGCUGUAUGACUGCUGUUGAAAUACAGAUGUGAAGGACACAUCUGGGCAUCUUUUGUUUACGACACACCCAGUAUUAAAAGUCUGGUUCACAAAGGGAUAUUAAUUAACCCACAUUAAAAAAAAAAAAAAAGCACCAAAACAAAUUGUUUUUGUAAUUUAUACUGCUAAUUUGUUUAUGCUUGUGUACCAUGUGCUGUAAGAUCAUGAUUACAGAAAGAUUAAAGCAUGGUACUUAUUAUUUUGCCGGUCCUCUAUUACAAUAUUUUUUAAUUUGUGUACACUGUUUACUAGUCCACGUUAUUGCAUGAGCACAUACACAAAUAUUUAAAGUAUAGGAACCAAUAUUUUUAUACUUGGUGCAAAGACACAAUCGUGAUUUUUUGUCACAUGCACCCAAACACAGCCAUAAAUGUUGAAUAAUUUUGAAAGAAAAAAAUAAGUGUCAGUUUGCAAAAAAUAUGUUGUGUAUUUUUGUGGAUUGCUUGUGAUUUGAUCUUUUAUGUAUUUGUUCUGCCACAGAAAAUAUAUUUAAAAUGUUAUCUUAUUGCUUUGAUAUAAAGAUUCAUAAACUUGCA